CCAGAAUCAAAUAGAGAGUAAGUUCAGACCCCGAAGCCCAAAACCCUCUCUUUCUCUCCCCCUCUUCCCCAUUUUCCUUCCCACAGGAGAAAACGACCGCCAUAAACAAAAUUCUUAGUUAUGCCCUUUUUGGGCCUUCGGAAUAUCACGUCGACAGAAAGAUCAGGAUCUCAGGAGAUAGAGAGAGGGGUAGUGGAAGAUUAGAUUAGGUAAAGGGGGAAAAGAAAGCACAGAACCUAGCUGAUGGGGAAGACCAAGGUGAAAUUCUCCUUGUGAUUUGAGCUGGUGGAAGAGAGAGUGAAAGUUGGAAUCUUUUCUUUUAUCUACUCGUAUGGAAUGCCAUCACCACCUUACCACAAUCAGCAGCAGACGAGGAGAAGGAAUAAAGUGGGGGAGAAGAAGAAUUGCAGCAGCUGUUUUGGGUUCUGGGUUUGUGCUCAAAAGAUCUUUCUCCUCAACAGUUGAAGUUGAAACUUAGGAUCAGUUUCUUUUUUUUUUUUUCUUCUGAAUCCCAGUAUAGUUGCAAUGAGUCAGCACCAUAAACUUGGAUUUAUUCUGUUCUUGCUCUUCUUUGGUCCAAUGGCAUCACUAGCAGACCCAGCAUUCGUCGGAACAUACGGAAUAAACUAUGGAAGACUCGCUGACAACAUUCCAUCCCCCGACAAAGUGGUCACUCUUCUCCGGUCAGCAAAGAUACGUAAUGUUCGUAUCUUUGAUGCUGACCACAGCGUGCUCACUGCAUUCAGUGGAGCAGGGUUCAAGCUCGUGAUCGGGCUUCCCAAUGGAUUUAUCAAAGACAUGAGCAGCAAUGCAAGCAAUGCUUUGAGCUGGGUCAAAGACAACGUCCAGAAAUUCAUGCCGGGAAUAUGUGGCGUGGCAAUAGGAAAUGAAGUUUUAGGAGGAAGCGAUGCCGAGCUCUAUGGUGCUCUUUUAGGUGCAGUCAAGAACAUCCACAGCGCUCUAAGCCAGCUCGGGUUAUCGGAUGCAGUUCAAGUCUCCACAGCUCACUCGCAGGCCGUCUUCUCCAACUCCUACCCUCCUUCCUCGUGUGUAUUCCGGGAGAACAUUGCUCAGUACAUGAAGUCGUUGCUGCAGUUCUUCUCGGAAGCAGGAUCCCCGUUCUGCUUGAACGCAUACCCAUUCCUCGACUACAUGAACGAUCCGGCCAGCAUCGACAUUAACUAUGCACUUUUCCAGAAGACGAAAGGGAUCUUCGAUCCGAAAACUGAGCUGCACUAUGAUAACAUGCUUGAUGCGCAGAUAGAUGCUGCAUAUGCAGCUUUGGAAGAUGCAGGGUUCGACAAGAUGGAAGUUAUAGUGACGGAGACAGGGUGGGCUUCUAAGGGUGACGGGAAUGAAGCUGCUGCAACCCCAGAGAAUGCAAGGAUUUACAAUUUUAACCUGCGUAAGAGGCUGGCGAAGAAGAAAGGCACUCCUAGGAGGCCGAAGAACGUGGUGAAGGCAUAUGUUUUUGCUACUUUUAACGAGAAUCUGAAGCCUGGUCCGACUUCUGAGAGGAAUUUCGGCCUCUUCAAGCCGGAUGGGAGCAUUGCCUAUGAUGUUGGGUACAAAGGGCUUAAAUCUUCUUCUGCUUAUUCAAUAGUUCUUUCAUUGAAGUCCUUGUAUGUCUUCAUUAGCUCAUCGUCUCCACCCUCCUGGGUUAUAUUCAUUGAUGCAGGGUUUUCCAGCUCAAGGUUUGUUGAGGUCGUAUCAGUUGGUUUGGACAAUCUGUGCCCUGGUAUUGCUUCUGUUGUUAAGACAAUGAUGUUCAGGAAACAAUUCAUCUUUGUAAAUCAGGCACUCGGGGACCAACAAGGGAAGAGAGUUCAGAUAGGUGAAUUCCAUAACGAUUCAGGACAGUUGACCUGGGAAUUUGUUUGAUGGAUGUCUCUGGCAUUUGUUGUGCCUAACUUAAUGUGAUAAGAGGCUCCAUUCUGUAUGAUAUAAGAACGCAAGGAAGCCUAUUUAUUUGACUUCAUAUGCAGAAGGAUUGACAGUCCAAUUUUUUUCAGAGAGGUUAUUAGUAUU